AUGGGUGGGGCAGCGUUGAACACAUUCGGUUUGCCAUCCUCAUUACGACAGAAUGUUAACAUACUCGCACCAAAGUUACUUUUGGAGUUGUCAUAUGAUGCUGAUGGCCUUGCAGAGUACCUGAGAGUAAAUGAACCGAAAUUGCUCCCUGAUCAGAGGCUGGCGUACAAAACUGUCAUCAGUGCUGUUGAAAAACAAGCGGGCGGAAUUUUUUUCCUUGAUCCUCCUGGAGGUACUGGAAAAUCCUUUCUAACACAAUUAAUACUUGCUAAGAUUCGUUGCAAGAUACAAAUUGUGCUAGCUGUUGCCUCCUCAGGAAUCGCUGCUACAUUAUUGCAGCGAUCUCUAAUGCAACUUUAUCCAAUCCAAAUCUUUGAGUCACCCAUCUUCACUGUAGAUCUCCAAUGCAAACCUUCAAUGCAUCCUUAUCCAAUGCAAACCUUCGAUGCAGCCUUCUCCAAUGCAGAUUUCCAAGGCAACCUUCUCCAAUGCAUAUCUUCGAUGCAGCCUUGA